GCUCACCAGAUAGCAACCAUCUAAUAAUCCACCGUUGUAUCCAACAAUAUUGCCCAUCACAAAAACAAACCCGACCAUGAACCUUGCCGCCGCGUACCUAUCGCUCUUGACCUUUGGUCUUUUCAUUAAAUCUGUGGAAGGCUAUGACUUGAUUAGCUUCCCGUUGUCGUUUGAUCCUCCGUCGGACUUGAUUAGCACAGCAGAAGACAUUCUGGACAUCUUUCGUAGUCACGAGAACGCAAUACAGCAUGCCGUCUUCCGUGGGGCGGCUCCUUUCUUCUCCCAAUCAUCGACAGAGCAAUUCAUCAACACGGAAGAUCAAUUCAAGGUUGUCCUGGAUGUUGGAGGCAUGACCACGGACAACGUUGCCGUGUCCUUUGACGAGUCCAAGCGUAUUUUGACCAUUUCGGGACACCGUCAAAGCGAAUCCUCCAGCAACAGCUACUUUUACUCCGAUUCUCAUUUCUCGCGUUCCUUUUCCGUUGAUCCCUUUGUGCAAGUGGAUCAAAUGAAGGCUUCCGUCGACAAUGGCGUCCUCACCGUGUGGGCACCCAAGGACGCCGAUCGUAUGCACCAUGCCGUUCGUUCCAUUCCUAUCCAAGCAGCAAACCCUCCCAUGAUGACGCUUCCUGCUACGCAAGAGGACGACGAACCCAGCAAGAAGAACGAUGACCCGUUCCACGUCAAGGAACGAGUCGAGAAAGCCCAGCUCAACUACAAUCAACAACAACAACAAGCCAACAACCAGAAAGAGCAAGACCCCGCGCCAAACAGCGACGAAGAGAGCCCCCUAGAGACGCUCCUAGACGAGGAAAGGAGCCAAGCUUACAAGACCAGCGAGCUUCGUCGUCGCCGCCAGUAGACACUUUUGGCUGUAUCGAGGUUAAGACUGCCUGUCUUAUUGACUGAAGCAACCGCAACAAAAGGCGCUCCAAAUAGACAGGACCCCUCAAAACACCCCAAAGCUUGCUUGUGAGAAAACAAAACUGAUUCGCAUGUCAACACAACAACACGUUUCUAGUAGUACCUAGUAGUAUUCUUUUAGCCUCCCAUGUAGGGAGACAACAAUCAAUUGGACGCACUCAAAUGAGAAAGGAAAAACAACAACGAAAGCAAAACAAAAGACGACAAAAAGAUCAAAGAACAAGUAAGAGUUGGCUAUUGUGCCUACACAGUGUGGUAAUCUUAGCUUGGUAAUGUAAUGACAGUAGCUUUUCUUAGAU